ACGACUGACGCGAACGAGCGCUCGCUCCCGACUCAUGGUCGCCGCGGGCGCCGCCAAGGCCACGGCGGCGGCCGUCUCCUCCGCGGUGUUCCGGGGCAACCAGGAGCUCACCCGCCUCGCGCGGUCGGGGCAGCUGGCGGCGGCGCGGCGCCUGUUCGACUCCAUGCCCCGCCGCAACACCGUCACCUACAACGCCAUGCUCUCCGCGCUGGCGCGCCACCGGCGGAUCGACGAGGCCCGGGCCCUCUUCGACGGGAUGCCCAGCAGGAACAGCGUCUCCUGGAACGCGAUGAUCGCGGCGUGCUCGGACCACGGCCGCGUCGCGGACGCCCGGAGCCUGUUCGACGCGAUGCCCGGCCGGGACGACUUCUCCUGGACGCUCAUGGUCUCCUGCUACGCGCGCGCGGGGGAGCUCGAGCUCGCUAGGGACGUGCUCGACCGCAUGCCUAGCGACAAGUGCACGGCGUGCUACAAUGCCAUGAUCUCUGGGUACGCCAAGAACGGCAGGUUCGACGAUGCGGUGAAGCUGCUGAAGGAGAUGCCAGCCCCGGACCUGGUUUCUUGGAACUCGGCGCUGGCCGGUCUUACCCAGAGUGGAGAAAUGGUCCGUGCAGUGCAAUUCUUUGACGAAAUGGUGGAGAAGGACAAGGUGUCCUGGAACUUGAUGCUGGAGGGGUAUGUGCGAGCUGGGGAUUUGGAUGGGGCCUCUACCUUCUUUGCAAGGAUUGAAUCACCUAAUGUCAUUUCUUGGGUGACCUUGCUGAAUGGAUAUUGCCGGGCAGGGAGGAUCAGUGAUGCCAGAAAAUUGUUCGACAGAAUGCCUGAGCGAAACAUUGUGGCUUGGAACGUGAUGCUUGAAGGGUAUGUGAGGCUCUCUCUCAUGGAGGAGGCCAGUAAGCUGUUCGAGGAGAUGCCAGAUAAGAACUCUAUCUCAUGGACAACUAUAAUAAGUGGAUUGGCACGUGCUGGGAAACUCCAAGAAGCAAAGGAUCUUCUCGAUAAGAUGCCUUUCAACUGUGUCGCAGCGAAGACUGCACUCAUGCAUGGCUAUUUACAGAGCAAGAUGGUUGGUGAUGCUCGUCAGAUUUUUGAUGGAAUUGAGGUGCGCGAUGCAGUGUGCUGGAAUACGAUGAUAUCUGGUUAUGUCCAGUGUGGAAUGCUUGAAGAGGCCAUGUUGUUGUUCCAGCAAAUGCCGAAUAAGGAUAUGGUUUCUUGGAACACCAUGAUUGCUGGCUAUGCUCAGGGUGGUCAAAUGCGCAAGGCAGUCAGUAUUUUCAGGAGGAUGAAUAGGAGAAAUACAGUGUCUUGGAAUUCAGUUAUAUCUGGAUUUGUUCAGAAUGGACUCUUUGUUGAUGCACUCAACCAUUUCAUGCUCAUGAGAAGGGACACAAAGCUGGCUGAUUGGUCUACUUAUGCAAGCUGUCUCAGCGCAUGUGCAAACCUGGCUGCUUUGCAAGUUGGGAGGCAAUUCCACAGUCUUCUUGUUAGGAGUGGGUAUAUCAACGAUUCAUUUGCUGGAAAUGCUUUGAUUUCCACAUAUGCAAAGUGUGGAAGGAUAUUGGAAGCAAAACAAAUAUUUGAUGAGAUGGUGGGCAAGGAUAUUGUUUCAUGGAAUGCGUUGAUUGAUGGCCAUGCUUCUAACGGUCACGGGAACGAGGCAAUCUCAGUAUUCCGGGAAAUGGAAGCCAAGAAUAUCAGACCUGAUGAGGUCACGUUUGUUGGUAUCUUGUCGGCUUGCAGUCAUGCUGGAUUGAUUGAUGAAGGACUGAAGUUUUUUAACUCAAUGGGAAAGGAUUACUCAGUAAACCCUGUGGCUGAGCACUAUGCUUGCAUGGCAGACCUGCUUGGAAGAGCUGGGAGACUGAACGAGGCAUUUGAACUUGUGCAAGGAAUGCAGAUCAAACCCAACGCUGGGGUGUGGGGUGCCUUGCUUGGAGCAUGCCGGCUGCACAAAAACGAUGAGCUAGCACGAUUGGCUGCUGAGAAGUUAUUUGAAUUGGAACCUAACAAGACCUCAAAUUAUGUGCUGCUGUCAAAUAUCAGUGCUGAGGCAGGCAAGUGGGAUGAAGCUGAAAAGGUGAGGGCUUCAAUUAAAGAAAAGGGAGUGCAUAAGCCACCUGGUUUAGCUGGAUCCACAUAGACCUUCUCAUUCAAUGAAUUUGCGCUAUGUUUUCACUCAUUUAUGGAACUUGAGCAUACAGACAGGUUAUUUAAGGCUGCUGUCUGAAGUCUGAACUAGACUCUUGCGUUUUUGCACCCUGGUUGCUGGUUGGACUCCCAUGCCAAUGAGGAAGUUAUACAGCGGGAGGACAGCAGUGUUUUCUGUUUUUGCAGAACUUUAUAAAACCAAGUCCCAGUAGUUCUCUUUCCAGUGCCUGCCGGGUCAAGCUUCUGCUUGCACUGUCUUACAGCAUUCGUUCCAGUGGGCUGCUGACUUCCCGUUCUUGUUAAGCCAGGAGAGCCUCAGAUUUCUUGUUAUUAAGCUGCCAUCUCUGUGUCCUCUGAGCCGCGGUCCGAAGACUAACACAAAACUGAAAUCUGAGACCUGGAAAGCACAUGAUCAUACAUUGUCACUCUUCUCAUAUCUCCUGAAACACCGGAUCCAUCCUCGGAAACAGAAAGUAUGCACAAACCAAGGGCUAAGCAACUUGAGCUAACGUUUGCAAUUUCCCAUUUACUCUAGUACUGCUGCUCCUUGCCAUGAACAUUUCACAUUGGCAUGCUUUUGCUCACUAUCCUGGUGCUUUGCUUCUGCAAUCGCCUUUUCCAAAACGACUUUCUGUACACGCCUGUAUAGCUUUGCCUUGAA